AUGGCGGAUGACGGCAGCGGUGAGGACAUGGAUAUUUCGCAAGAUGAGAUCAGUGAUGAGGAGAUGAAAGGAGAAGACGAUGGUCCGGCAGGGGUGGUCGGUGCUGCCGUUUGGCCUCGCUGGGAGGGUGACAUCAACAAGCUGUCGACCAGCCUAGCGGCCGGUGACAUAACAUACACAUUGCGCCGAGAAAUUUGGUUAGUUCUCCGGUUCUCGGCGUCUUCCCGGUUUCCCGCACUUCUCGACUUUUUGGUGAAUUCGGCGGUCGUCAGCUCUGCGGACACCCAGCUUCGCUUAAUGGAUACAAUCCUUUUGCAGACCAACCCGGCGGUAACACAGCGGCUACAACUGGGCUAUUAA